AUGGUUAAAAGCAUUUUUAAUGCUGAUGUGACUGUAUUGAUUAUGGGUGAGAGUGAAUGCCUCCUUCAGGAAAGAUCGCACUAUUUACCAAAAAUCAGACCGAGGCUGUAUGGGCUAGUGACUCCGAUCAGCACCAAUGCGGAUGGAAGCUUUAUCUCCAAUAUUCUCUCCGCAAAUCACCAAAGAAGAUUAACAAGGGAUGUAUCCCAAAGCCCCAAACAACUGUAUUUUAACAUCACAGCUUUUGGAAGGGAAUUCCAUCUCAGGCUGAGGCCUAACACCCAUCUGGUGGCUCCAGAGGCUGUAGUGGAAUGGUAUGAAGACUCUGUGGAAACUGGAAAUGGAACUGAGGCUGGUAACGGAAGUCAGACUAGAAGCGCAACAGAGCGGAUAUGGAAAAAAGAGCCUCUGUGGACCAAUUGUGCAUAUGUUGGAGACAUCACUGAUAUUCCGGGAGCAUCUGUUGCUAUUAGCAACUGCGAUGGUCUGGCCGGAAUGAUAAGAACUGAUAAGGAUGAAUAUUUCAUUGAACCUUUGGAAAGAGGCAAACAAAUGGAAGAAGAGAGAGGAAGAAUUCACGUGGUCUACAAGAGAUCAGCUGUAACACAAGAUCCUGGCGACAUGCUCCUAGACUUCCAUACGGAAGCGUCUCUUCUCAGCGGACUGGAUGGUCUGGAUUCCAUGUACAGCAACGUAGAGCAGCAGCUAAAUGAAACGCUGAGACGACGCAGGCAUGCAGGAGACAAUGACUACAACAUUGAAGUGCUUCUAGGAGUGGAUGAUUCUGUAGUCCGAUUCCACGGCAAAGAACAUGUUCAAAACUACCUCCUCACCCUUAUGAACAUAGUGAACGAAAUUUACCACGAUGAAUCCCUUGGUGUCCACAUAAAUGUGGUGCUGGUGCGAAUGAUAAUGCUGGGAUAUGCAAAGUCCGUCAGCUUGAUUGAAAGGGGAAACCCCUCAAGAAGCCUGGAGAAUGUUUGCCGCUGGGCCUACCAGCAACAGAAGUCGGAUCCCAAUCAUUCUGAGCACCAUGAUCAUGCCAUUUUUUUAACCAGGCAAGAUUUUGGGCCUGCUGGUAUGCAAGGAUACGCUCCCGUCACUGGCAUGUGUCACCCUGUAAGAAGCUGCACUCUCAACCAUGAGGAUGGGUUUUCUUCAGCUUUUGUAGUUGCCCAUGAAACUGGUCAUGUGCUGGGAAUGGAGCAUGACGGGCAAGGGAACAGAUGUGGGGAUGAGACGGCUAUGGGGAGUGUCAUGGCUCCUUUGGUGCAGGCUGCAUUUCAUCGUUACCACUGGUCCCGGUGCAGUGGCCAAGAACUCAAAAGAUACAUACACUCCUAUGACUGUCUCCUUGAUGACCCCUUUGAACACGAUUGGCCCAAACUUCCUGAACUGCCAGGAAUCAAUUAUUCCAUGGAUGAACAAUGCCGUUUUGAUUUUGGUGUUGGUUACAAAAUGUGCACAGCGUUUCGAACCUUUGACCCAUGUAAGCAGCUGUGGUGUAGCCAUCCAGAUAAUCCAUACUUCUGUAAAACUAAGAAAGGGCCUCCACUCGAUGGCACAGAAUGUGCCCCAGGGAAAUGGUGCUAUAAAGGUCACUGUAUGUGGAAGAAUGCUAACCAGCUGAAACAGGAUGGCAACUGGGGAUCCUGGACAAAGUUUGGCUCCUGCUCACGGACCUGUGGUACCGGCGUUCGCUUCAGAACACGCCAGUGCAACAAUCCAAUGCCAGUCAAUGGUGGUCAAGAUUGCGCCAGUGUCAAUUUUGAGUAUCAGCUUUGCAAUACAGAAGAAUGUCCAAAGCACUUUGAGGACUUCCGAGCACAGCAGUGUCAGCAGCGUAAUUCCCAUUUUGAACAUCAGAAGAGCAAACACCACUGGCUGCCCUAUGAGCACCCUGAUGCCAACAAAAGAUGCCACUUAUACUGCCAGUCCAAAGAAACUGGAGACAUUGCUUAUAUGAAACAACUGGCACAUGACGGGACUCGCUGUUCUUAUAAAGAUCCAUACAGCAUUUGUGUGCGUGGAGAGUGUGUGAAAGUGGGCUGUGACAAGGAAAUUGGUUCCAACAAAGUUGAAGAUAAAUGUGGCGUCUGCGGUGGAGAUAACUCUCAUUGCCGAACGGUCAAAGGGACCUUUACCCGAACUCCCAAAAAGCCCGGGUACCUUAAGAUGUUUGAUAUCCCCCCGGGUGCUAGACAUGUGUUUAUCCAAGAAGACGAGGCUUCUCCUCACAUUCUUGCCAUUAAGAACCAGGCUACUGGACACUAUAUUCUGAACAGGAAAGGGGAGGAGGCCAAGUCACGGUCCUUCAUUGAACUUGGUGUGGAGUGGGAAUACAACAUAGAAGAUGACAUCGAAACUCUUCAUACUGAUGGCCCUUUGCAUGAUGCUGUUGUUAUAUUGGUCAUUCCUCAAGAGAACGACACAAGAUCUAGCCUGACUUACAAAUACAUCAUUCAUGAGGAUUCAGUACCCACUAUCAACAGUAACAACGUUCUUCAGGAUGAAAUAGAUACUUUUGAGUGGGCUUUGAAGAGCUGGUCCCAGUGCUCCAAACCUUGUGCUGGAGGUUUCCAAUACACGAAAUAUGGGUGCCGAAGGAAAAGUGAUAACAAAAUGGUUCACCGCAGCUUCUGUGAAGCCAGCAAAAAACCAAAGCCUAUUCGUAGAAUGUGCAAUCUGCAGGAAUGCACACAGCCACUUUGGAUAGCAGAUGAAUGGGAAUACUGCACAAAAACCUGUGGGAGUUCUGGUUACCACAUCCGUACUGUGCGCUGCAUUCAACCUCUUCACGACGGCGCAAACCGCUCGGUCCAUAUCAAGUACUGUAGUGGGGAUCGCCCUGAGAGCCGCAGGCCAUGUAACAGAACGCCAUGCCCUGCGCAGUGGAAAGCUGGACCCUGGGCUGAGUGUUCUGUGACCUGUGGGGAAGGAACUCAGUCCAGGCAGGUCACAUGCCGUGCUGGUGACCAGUGUGAUGGAGAAAAACCUGAAUCAGUGCGGGUUUGUAAGCUUGCUCCCUGUAAUGAUGAGCCCUGCCUGAGAGACAAGUCAAUAUUCUGUCAAAUGGAAGUGCUCGCACGCUAUUGCUCCAUCCCUGCCUAUAACAAGCUGUGCUGUGAGUCUUGUAGCAAGCGCAGCAGCACCCUCCCGCCUCCUGACCUUACUGAAGCUGCUGAAACCAAAGAGGAAGUGAUGUUCCAUCCUAGUGACCUACCUAGGGCCUUGGCGAUGCCGACAUCUUUAGUACCUCAGCACGCAGAUGUCGCUGAUGAGAACAGAAGUUCUGUAGGCAGGAUGCCUCCUAGGGAAGAGGACAUAGAUUUACUUGUUUCUACAUCAAAUAGUAAGUCCAAAGGUGCUGAGUUACCCCAGAGGAGAGCUUACCAAGCAGGAAGUCAGACUUCUAGGCUGAUUGCAGUGCCAUAUCAGUCACCUACCAAGAUUGGCAAUCUGUCCCAUAAUGCAUCAGCCUUGGCAGCCAUUGUUCCCAUGGUAGCAGUUAACAACACUUCUACAGGUGCUCUUUCUCCAGCUAGAACCUCAAGGAAAAAUAAGAAGCAUGUUGAAAAGAGACAUGCUUUGAGAUCAUCCACGGUGGAAAGAUAA